AGUAUCCAACAAAUGGUACCUAGUAAAAAUGGGUAGCUUCCCUGCAAUAUUUCUCCCCCUCCUUCUCCAGAAACAUUAUUUUUGGUAUCUUGUGUCUGGUGGCUUCCAGUCUGAAUUAUCUCAGGUGAGUUUUCCAAAUCCUUGCGAUUUUUUUUUCCCUCAUCUUCCACUUCCCCUCAUGCCUUCCAGCUGGACACAAACUCCUUCCUAAAAUAUGCAGAUGGAAGCUAUGGUAACCAUGGAGACAGGGCAGGUGGCAAGGAGAGGCAGAGACAGGCAGCAGAGAGACCCAUUAUGAUUGCGACAGAUAGGCAGAGAGAAUACUUAGGGAGCGAUUGGACAGAGACCUUCAACCAACGUGGAAAAAUAAUGAGUCUAAGCAAGACUGAGUGUAAAGAGAUGCAAUGAGAAAGGGAUGUGUUACAAGGUUCGCUCUUCUCUCUGCCUCUUUUCUCUCUCCCUCUCCCCCUCCAAGAAUAUGGGGAGGAAGGCAUCUGGGAAUGCCACCUGGUGUAGCUAAAAAUGACCCAGUAUAUCCACUCUCCUCAUACUUAUCUAAGGUUUGUACAAGGGAUCUGAGGUUCAAGUUUAUCUGUGCUGUGUGUUCCGUUUGGGCGGAGAUGGAGUGAGGAUGUACCGCUGCGUCUGGCUCCAGCUCUCCCUGACAUGUAAACUACAAGGAGGCAGCCAGAUCUCUUGCUCUCUCUGCGCAGUAUGGACUCCGGCUGUGGAUCCCAAUCGCCUCUCUCCACCCCUCUGCACAGUGUGCCAUGUGCUGUGUGUGGCAGGUCAGAUCUGGCGCACAGACGCGCAUAAACACAUCUAGCGCGGAGAAUGGGGCUCUGCUCAACGAAGAAUUGGGAUGGCCCCAGUCUGGGUCGCAGAGGAGUCUCCUAAGAAACAUUUAGGUCCCAAAUGCAAGCUGCUUCCCUCCCCCCACUCAGUAUUUGGGGCUGUGGCAACCUAAAAGAGGGAUUGGCUUCGCCACUGAGCCCUCAGGCCUCCGCCAGCCACCACCCCCACGUCCCUAGACAUCCUCGGCGGGCCCCAGUCCCGGCUCCACUGGUGCUCUCGGCCCUGCCGCAGCUAUGCUGCACACCGAGGGCCACGCUCUUCUUCGGGCCGUGGGUCAGGGUAAGCUACGCUUGGCCCGUUUGCUUCUGGAGGGAGGCGCCUACGUGAAUGAGGGUGAUGCCCAGGGGGAGACUGCGCUAAUGGCGGCUUGUCGGGCCCGUUACGACGACCCCCAGAACAAGGCGCGCAUGGUACGCUACCUCCUGGAGCAAGGCGCGGACCCCAACAUCGCAGACCGCCUGGGGCGCACCGCGCUGAUGCACGCCUGCGCCGGGGGUGGGGGCGCCGCCGUGGCCUCGCUGCUACUUGCCCACGGUGCAGACCCCUCAGUGCGAGAUCACGCGGGCGCCUCGGCGCUUGUCCACGCCCUGGACCGUGGGGACCGCGAGACCCUUGCCACGCUGCUAGACGCCUGUAAGGCCAAGGGCACGGAGGUCAUCAUCAUCACCACCGACACCUCGCCCUCGGGAACCAAGAAGACUCGGCAGUAUCUCAAUUCCCCACCGUCCCCGGGGGUGGAGGACCCUGCUCCCGCUCCUCCCAGCCCCGGGGUCUGCACGUCGCCUUCCGAAAUCCAACUGCAGGCUGCAGGAGGAGGAGGAGAACGGGGAUUGCUAUCCCCUCGCGCUCAGGAAGAAGAGGAGAAGCGGGACGUAUUCGAAUUCCCUCUUCCUAAGCCCCCUGAUGACCCCUCCCCUUCUGAACCGCUCCCCAAACCACCUCGUCACCCUCCAAAACCACUCAAAAGGCUCAACUCCGAGCCCUGGGGCCUAGUGGCUCCUCCUCAACCGGUCCCACCCGCGGAAGGGAGGCCGGGGAUCGAGCGCCUGACCGCGGAAUUCAACGGCCUGACUCUGACCGGUCGACCCCGUCUUUCCAGACGUCACAGCACGGAAGGUCCGGAGGAUCCGCCCCCGUGGGCGGAGAAAGUGACGGGUGGGGGUCCUCUCUCUCGCCGAAACACUGCGCCAGAAGCUCAGGAGUCUGGUCCCCCUUCAGGGCUGAGGCAGAAACUGAGCCGCAUGGAGUCGGUGGAGCUCGAUACCCCCGGAAAUAUUUGCCCCGACUCGCCGGAGUGCAGCCGCUUGUCCCUGGAGCGCCGGCGGUACAGCGCCUCCCCGCUGACCCUCCCUCCAGCCGGCUCGGCUCCCUCCCCGCGCCAGUCCCAGGAGAGUCUGCCAGGGGCUGUAUCUCCGCUGAGCGGACGGAGGCGGAGUCCCGGGCUGCUGGAGCGGAGGGGCUCGGGGACGUUGCUCCUGGACCACAUCGCGCAAACGCGGCCGGGUUUCCUGCCUCCACUCAACGUCAGCCCCCACCCUCCCAUCCCCGACAUUCGCCCCCAACCCGGAGGUCGGGCGCCUUCGCUGCCCGCCCCUCCCCAGGCGGGGGCGCCAGGCUCUCCCAGGACCAAGCGCAAGUUGGUGAGGCGCCACUCCAUGCAGACUGAGCAGAUCCGCCUGCUAGGGGGCUUCCAGAGUCUAGGCGGGCCAGGGGAGCCAGGGCGCUGAGAGGAGUGAGAGGAACCAAGGAGGGUGGGGAUCAGGACCUUGAUGGGACAGGUGGGAGAACCAGCUCACACACACACCACGGACAUCGGGGUCUUUUGCCUGUGCUCCUGGGCACGGUGCACGCACACAUGGGUAAAAAAGUGUCCACAAGCACAGCACUCUUCUUAUUCACAGGGAAGGGUAAGUACUCUCUCGACUGGGCAUAUAGACACAUACAUUCAUGUCCUGGUCACUUCACAUGCAUAUGGGGAUACUUGUGUACCCAUCCAUAGGAAUGGCACACACAGGGCCACUUGUGCUAGGGUCCCAAGUGGGUCCCAAAGUCACUUGCAUUUGUUCAGAAGCCGUAGGGAACCCCUACUUAUGGAUAGUCUCCAAUCUUUUUGCCCUUUUGCAGAAGCAAUCCCCUGCUUUCCAUGUAUGCCCUGCAACACAGCCCGUUCACGACUUUGCACACUCUGCCCUCUUCCUGGAUAUCCCAACCUGUGUAGGUCUUGCUUCUCUCUCCAGGCCUGGCUCCUUGUUCACACCCUGCUUCCAGCCCUAACCACUUUUCAGGAUAUCUUCUUCACCCUCCUUGGGGUUUUCCUGCAGCAACCCUCAGCUUCAGUUCUGCUGCUGCCCUUCCUGCUCUCAGCUUUACUUCUCAACUUCCUGCUUUUUAUUCCCACCUUGUUCCCCUAACCAAUACAGGAGGUUGUCUCAUUUUCCCAGGGAGUGGGUCAUGGGCUCUAUGCUGCUCUUCUGUCUGUCUGAGCUUAUGAACACCCCCACAGGUAGAAGUGGGGAGUAACCCUAAAUCACUCCUCUCUCCACUUGACAUAUCAAAUAAAUGUGUUCAGAAGUC